AGGGACCUCCCCACUCGCGAGUCACUGCUGCAGAAAGUCUGCAUCCAGCCAAGGAAGAGCCCCGCAGAAGACAUUCCAAAUCGCUUCCGGAUACUGUGUAUAUUCAUUUCACUACACCUUCAAGAUGACCACCAAGGAGAAGUUGAUCCAGCAUGUGCUAGUUGGUGAGCCUAUUGGCUCCCGGAACAAGGUGACAGUGGUGGGGGUUGGCAUGGUGGGCAUGGCCUCUGCAGUCAGCGUUCUGCUCAAGGAUCUUUGUGAUGAGCUGUGCCUGAUUGAUGUGAUGGAGGAUAAACUGAAGGGUGAGGUUAUGGACCUGCAGCAUGGUAGCCUCUUCUGCAAGACCCACAAGAUUGUGGGCGAAAAGGACUACAGUGUGACAGCCCACUCCAAGGUGGUGAUUAUCACCGCUGGUGCUCGUCAGCAGGAGGGUGAGAGCCGUUUGAACCUGGUCAAGCGCAACGUGGACAUCUUCAAGUUCAUCAUCCCCCAGAUAGUCAAGUACAGCCCCAAUGCCAUCUUGCUGGUCGUGUCCAAUCCCGUUGACAUCCUGACCUACGUGGCCUGGAAGCUGAGUGGUUUCCCCCGUCACCGGGUCAUUGGCUCCGGCACCAACCUGGACUCGGGUCGUUUUCGCCAUCUGAUGGGCGAAAAGCUCCAUAUUCACCCCUCAAGCUGCCAUGCAUGGGUGAUUGGAGAGCAUGGUGACUCCAGUGUGCCUGUAUGGAGCGGUGUGAACGUUGCCGGUGUUUGUCUGAAGGCCCUAAACCCAGACAUUGGCACAGAUGCAGACAAGGAGGACUGGAAUAAAGUACACAAAAUGGUAGUGGACAGUGCCUAUGAGGUCAUCAAGCUGAAGGGUUAUACCUCUUGGGCUAUCGGCAUGUCUGUUGCUGACCUGGUUGAGAGCCUCGUGAAGAACCUCCACAAAGUCCACCCUGUGUCUACACUGGUCAAGGGAAUGCAUGGCGUGAAGGACGAGGUCUUCCUCAGUGUGCCAUGUGUACUGGGCAACAGUGGUCUGACCGACAUCAUCCAGAUGACCCUGAAGCCUGAGGAGGAGAAGCAGCUGAUCAAAAGUGCAGAGACCCUGUGGGGUGUGCAAAAAGAGCUGACCUUGUAAAUAACACCUGGAAAAGGGCUUUCCAUCCAUGCUAACCUGUCAAUCACAUGUUCCAUAUAGCCACUCCUACUCCCUUAUAUUCUUACUAAUAAUUGUAACAAUUAAGCAUUUUAAAUAUAUAUGUAUAUCUAUUGGCUGGCUCAGUCAUUUACAGUGGCUUCCAAUGGGAGCUUGUUUCGGCUUGUGAUAGUUGUUAGGUGGCUAAAGCAGAUUCAUGAUUUGUGAAAUGAAGGACUCGGAUGUGUCCUUUUCCUGUUGCUAAAUAUAGUGUGUGUUGUACAUAACGUGAACCUUGUUUUGUCUUCCUCUUACUCCAUUAUUUAUGUUCUAGAUCGUUGAUUGAAUUUAGUGGAUUGGAUAAGUACAAUUCCACCAUUGGGCCCUCUGUUUAGUCUGAGUUGGCCAAAACCAUAACAACCACAAGUGCCUAAAUGACUAAAAUUAUUAGUCAAUGCUGGAGAGCACCAUUGGUAUUGAUUGGUAGGCAGACCAGAGUUGAAGAACAGGUUUAGUAUGCUUGUCUGUAAUUUGAGAUGGAAUACAUUAAUGAACGGAACUAUGUGGAAUCACCUUGGCACUAACGUAAUGAUGGCACUUCCAAUGUUAUGUUUUGGGUCAGAACCUCACCUAUAACUGAAAAUUUUGCUUGUCACUACUGUUCGUUGCACCCUUAAAGCCCUCUUUAUACCUGCCACUAGCAUACAUCCUUCAUCUUGACCUUGACAUAACCAACGCAGGUAUUCUGUUUGAGGAUUUAUCAAACUAACACAAGAACCCUGCAGACUCUCUCCAUGUGACUAUGGACAGAAACCUCGGUGGCCCAAUCCUAAGGGGCCUAUACAGUAUUUAUGAGCUAAAAUGGAACUAUACUGUACUUGUCAGGGAAGCUGGAUGCACGCCAGGUCCAAUGUGCUCUACCACCAACAAAAUAAACUUUCACGAUAAAAAGCC